AUGAUUGAACAUUUACCAGUUAGCCAAAGUGUCUCUUUAAAACAGCUUGAUGCUGAGAAUGAAGCACUAAUCAAUGAAUACUUUUCAUCAGAAAAAGUUGAUGAAGCCGCUGAACACUGUUUACGUUUAUUUGGUAGUAAAGCAAUGAAAUCAACCUAUGAAGAUCAUAAAUAUAAAAAGAGAACUGAUAUAAAAAUAGACGAAGAUGAUGAAUAUACACUAGAUCCAAGUUCACUUAGUUAUGCAGCACGUAAAUUGAAAUGGAGACAUUGUAUAAUAAAAGAAUUGGAUCGUAUUAAUCGUGGUCUAUUUCAAUGGAAUAUUGGUUCAAUGUUCAAAUUCCAUGAAGAUAAUAAUGCUGAAUAA